GCUGCUUUUGAUGAGUUGAGGAGAACGAAGGUGGCCGCGCACACACAGGUGCGAUUGAAACCGAAAACGCGACGAGCCGACGACGAGAGUGAGGAAUUCGCCGUCGAGCCGCGAGCACGUCAGUCUGCAGUUGGACACACAGAAAAAUGGGAAUGUCCGAGGAGGAAAGUAGUGUUGCGCCGAGGCUGUGCCACAUCCAAAAGUGGCCCGACUUCGACGGCUUCGGCUUCAACCUGCACGCCGAAAAGGGCCGCGUCGGCCAGUACGUCGGCAAGGUGGACGACGGCUCGCCGGCCGAGGCUGCCGGCCUCAAGCAAGGCGACAGAAUCAUCGAGGUGAACGGCGUAAACAUCAGCAACGAGAAUCACCGGCAGGUGGUUGCGCGAAUCAAAGCGGUGCCGGACGAGACGCGUUUGCUCGUGUUGGACUCGGAGGCUGAGGCGUUUUUCAAGUCGCACGAGCAGGUGGUGCGCGGCGACAUGCCUGGCGUCAUCCACCUCACCUCGCUCAAGCAGCAGCAGCAGCAACACCAGCACGAGGAGGAGCAGCAGCAACACGAGGUGGCGAGUAACACCAGCAGUGCCACCACGCCCGAGACGGACCGGAAGCACCGCGAGGAAAGCCCGUCCGAGACGACCACCGUCGAGGCAAAGUCCAACGGCAGCAUCGCCUCGGCUGACAGCCCAAAAAUGGCAGACAAGAUUGAAAAAGACGAUUCUUCACGUUCCGAGUCACCUCAACAGAGCAACCGUCCGCCUGGUCUGAACAUGACAGCCGCUGAGUUGAGGGCGCAGUUAGCGCAGCGCAAGAAGUUUGACCCCAAGAAGGAGAACAUGGACCUGCGGAGGAAAUUCGACAUUGUGCAGACCCUGUGAGACUGAGAGAAGAAAGGGUGCCAAAAUCGCCAUGCAAUACAUAUAUUCCUAUUUUUGUAGCUGUAAAUAACUGAUGAAAAAAGCAACCAACGAAUGUACUGUAUUUAAAAAGACAGCAAUUUUCCCUCAAGCGCAAUUAUAAUAAUAAUUAUAAGAAAUAAUCGAUAAAUGCGCAGCUGAAGCCGACGGCGGCGCAAUUCGAUGAGUGUAUUGUUUGCCUUAAGUAUAUAUUGAAAUAAAAAAUUACCAUAAUGUGUAUUUAAA